GGUGGUUCUACCAUUUCUAAUGUGUGGGAAGAUUUUUUUUCUUUUUUGCAUGAAUCUGUUGUGUUGCUAGGUUUUAAACUGUCUAUUUUAUUGCACUGCUGAACUAUGUUUAUGUUCAUUUAACUGCAUGGCUUACAUUGCCUUUCUCAAGCAGUGGUGCGCCAUGUUUGUGUCCUGCAAAACCUUGGCAGGGAAUAGUCCGGCAAUUCUGCUGAGAGAUUUAAGAACAAAAUGGAAUAGCCAUUCAAGGCUCUUAUGCUCGAUUGUUUCUUGUAAUUGGAGAUGUAGUUCUCUCAAAGAAACGGAUUAACCUCGGUUGACAUCCAAUUAAAUCAUACGCUUUCAGGAAAUGUUGUUGAACAGUUUUAAGUUAAUCUAGAGAACAAGCUGGCAUUUUGCUUUGCUAGUAAAGAGACGAGCAUCCAAGUUCUAGUCUAGCUGGGCUGAAGUGCUGAACAUAUAUAGGACCCAAUUUGGUUCAAGGAUUGAAAGGCCUUGUAAAUACCCCGCAUCCUUAUAUCCGCAUAGUUCCUAAAGCAGCACCAGCAUGUCCUCUUUAGAACAUGGAAGAAGCGUCGACCGUGUCUCUAGAUAUUGUCUGAAUUUAGACUUUCCAGUUGUUUCUUAUCGUAAUAUAAACAGUAUUAAAAGAAGUUGGGCUAGUCCGUCACUUUUCCAUAGCCUUCUCUGGAUAUUUCUCCCCUCUUCUGGCAGUAUUAUUAGUAGAUAAAACAGAAGGAACGGAAUGAAAAAGUAGAAAUAAGGUCAGUUAUAUGGUGUUGUGAAACAGCUUUUAAGUUUGCAGGAAGAGGUUGCAAAAGAAGCAUCUUUUAGAAUGGAUGUAUACAAGUUCUGCCCUCAAUGGUUAGCCUCUCCUUUCUUGCUAUUCAUUCAGAGCAAACCUAGUCCUAACCUAUCCAGGAGUAGAUAAAUUGUGAUUAACAACGAAUAUCAGGACUUCAUUUAACUUCAAUUUCUCCACUUCUUCACCAUGUUAGCUAUUCAAUAGUGCGCAACUUUCCAAACUUUCCAUUAGGUCUGUCAGCAUUUACUCAUGCUGGUUGUAAGUGGGGGAGCCCUCAUUCUUAAAAGUCGAUUCAGCGUAAAUUUCUUAAUUCGACGGGAUCUAAUAUGAUUCUAGUAUAUCUCAUCUAGGAUUAAAUAUCUGCCAACGCCUGAUUUUAAAUCUUAAUUAAGUUUACUGCAAAAGACCCCCAAAGAGAGUAUCUCUCUGAAAGCUCCACAAGGGUAAAUAUUGCAACUUUGCUGUUGAUGGCUAGUAUUGAUCACCAUCGUAUCUGUGCAUAAGCAUAUUCUCGUUCAGGACUCUGUUUUUGUUAAAUAAGGUUGUUUAUGGAUUUUGUAAAUUUCAGCAAUAACAUUCUCUAUCCCAAGGAAGAUAAGAUGCAGAAGAUUCUCCUCUAUGCAUGCCGCAGCUGUGAUCACCAGGUCCCUCCCCCUCUUCUUCACUGAUACAAUCGAUAGAAAUGAUUGCUAUUCGUAAGAAAACCAGCCACGUUACUUUUUUUUUCUUGAAAGCAUCGAAUUGAUUCCUUGUUCAAUCAUUUUUGUAAGGAUGAAGAUGUGUUGAUGGGAUGAAUCAAAAAAACAUAGAAGCAGGGAGAUAUUAGGAACUCUGGAGGAAUGAAACAUACAUGAAAAACAUGGGAAGACAAAAUUGUAAGCUUAGGAAAGUAGCAUCCAAAUCUAGAUAAGUGAGACUUGAUCUCCAUCUAGAUUCCCCGAUGGAUAUGCGGAGAAGACAGUACAAUUUAGAGAAGGCGCCAUCAAUACUGCUCAUCGAAUGGGUGAUGGAACAAGCUGGAAGAUUUUCCUAACCUUUAUUUAAGUGCGUUAUUUGAAACUCUUUAUCUUUCUUGUCUCGUGUGACCAUGUUCUCUGAUCAUCUAGCUGGGUGGCAUCUGAUGAUUGAUCCACUUUGCCAGUGUUAAGUGAUAUAGCAAUGAUAGAUGGGAAAUAUGGAGGUUGCUGGUAAUAAUCGUGUCUACAGAAAUGAGAUAUAUCACCAUGCUGCAGAAUACACACAAGUGUUGCAGGAUGUGGCUUCAGACCCCGCUCUGCCUCGGACUAAAUCUGUUUGUUGUGCUGUAUGCGGCUAUGGGGAAGCUGUAUUCUUACAGGCAACCGCGGGAGAUGAGGGCAUGACAAUGUUUUAUGUCUGCUGCAACCCAAACUGCGGGCAUCGGUGGAGAGAUUGAAACUUGUUUACCCAGAAUUUAAAGCUCUCAAUGCUGAUGCAUAUGGACUUGUGUUAUUUCACCCCCUGAAUCCAAAUAUGACUGAUGCAGAUACAGACUUGUGUUGUUUUA